CAGGCUGAAGGAUGAAAGGGGAAGUGCGUAUCAGUCUCUUUAGAGCUGAGUUCAUGAACACACACAAAUGGCUCCUCUGACACUCAGCUUCCUGCUCAUCCUCCUCUGCACCGGGAUUCCAGGUGCUGAUGCUGAGUCCACAGCAAACAUAAUCAUUGCACCGAAAGGAGGAUCUGUCACCAUCCCAUGUCACUACGAGGACAGAAAUAAAACGGGGGUGAAAUACUGGUGCAGGGGCUAUUACUGGGGAUCAUGUACUUCUGUAAUCAGGACCGAUUCCUCACAGAAUGGUAGGGUGUUCAUCCGCGAUAAUGCCACCCAACUGGUCUUCACCGUGACCGUGAGGAAUCUGGUAGUCGACGACUCGGACUACUACUGGUGUGGCGUAGAGAGCGACGUAGAUCCAGCUGCCGGAGAAUCGUUUUAUCUAUCGGUCAGAGAUCCUGCCAGUGAGUCCACAAACAACUGGAUAGAAGUACAGGAAGGAGGAUCUGUUGUCAUCACAGACCACUAUGAGGACACAUAUAGAGCAUAUAGCAAAUUCUGGUGCGCUGGACGUACCGUGGAUCCAUGCACCACUAUUGUACGCACUGACUCCGAGGAAGGUGAUGUGUCGGUCAGGGAUGACCCUAACCAGCAAGUCUUCAUUGUGACCUUGAAAAAUCUGAAGAAAGAAAGCUUUGGCUACUACUGGAGUGGUGUGAAUACUUAUGACUCUUCAGUCGUCAGAGCAUCCUUUUACCUGCAAGUCACUGGUGGUUCUUACACUUUGACAACAGUGGAUAGAAUGCAAGUACAGAAGGGAGGAUCUGUCACCAUCCCAUGUCUCUAUGAGGACAGAUAUAAAACAAACGUGAAAUACUGGUGUAAACUGUCUAGAGGACAAUGUCAUUUCAAAAUACGAAAUGACUCUCCACUGAGGAGGAGAAAAGUUUCAAUAAUAGAUGACCCUGCACAUCGAGUCUUCACUGCGGUCAUGGAAAAUCUGACAAAUGAAGAUUCGAGUUUUUACCAGUGUGGGGUGGAGACCAGUAAAUUCACUGAAGAUAACGUAUUUCUUUACCUCUCUGUCACAGACGGUACCCCAGAGCUGACAGUGGACAAACAGGAGGUGACCGCUGUGGAAGGAGGAACUGUCACUGUUCAGUGUCGUUAUAGCGACAGUAGGAGUCCAAAGAAGUGGUGCAAAAUUGGAGGCUCCUGCGUAGCAAGGAAUUCUGGGACUUUGGACAAGAGAUUUGUCCAGAUCGCUGACGACAAGAAGCAGAAAAUCAUGCGAGUGACACUGGAGGGGCUGGAGAUGAACGACACGGCCUGGUACUGGUGUGGAACCGAAUUCCUUCAGGUCCCCGUUCACAUUCGCGUCACUCAGAAGACCAAAACCACAAAAGCCUCCAUAAUGCUGAAUGACUUGACUCCUGGUGGAAACGAAGAGAUGAAGAUUCCAGAUUCGGGAUCUUGGGUCCUGCCGGUCUUACUGAUGAUAUUAGGGGUAUUGGUGCUGCUGACCGUCGUUGUUGUCUCCUGGAAGGUGUGGAGCAGACAUAGAGAAACACGGGCAACGGACCAGGGGAAAAGAAAGAGCGGGAGCAGCUCCACAGCGAACCCAGAGCUACAGUAUGAAGAAAUAAACACCAACAGAUCUGCUCCACCAGUAAGUACUAUUACAUAUUGUUAUUUUUUACCUCCUGAUAGUUUUUCACCUAAUACAUAUCAUGGUGAAAUGAAUUAUUCCCGUCCGUCUUAUUUUUUUCCUCAGUCCUCGGUCGACUAUGCGGAUGAUGUCACUUAUACUUCAGUUGCCUUUUCAAACUCUGGGCAGGAGUCCGCCGCAUGUCCUUCUCACCAGCGUGCUUCCAUCAUAGCCGACGACGUGAUCUACAGCGCAGUCGUCCAGGAGCACAAAAAGCAUCUGGUACAAGUCCUACCUGAUGAGACAAAGGAGCACUCCUAUGAGCACCACCGGCGUUGAAAUUCCUCCUCCCGC